AUGAUAAAUCCUUUAUUUAUUAUUAUUAUAUUUAGUUUUCAUCUUUUCUUACAAAUCAAAUGUCGAAUAGCUGAAACAUAUAAAAUUAAAAACAGCCAAGAAAUUUCUAUAAAUGAUCAUAGUCGAAUAAGUUCUAAUGAUCAAUUACAUAUAUGUUAUUUAAAUGAUAUACAGAAUCAAUCGAUACUUGUUUGGUUUACUAUUGAAAAAUCUCUAUAUUAUAUGUUUGAUUCAUAUCGUUUUAUUUUACGUUUAAUUGAUGAUUUCUCAUUAUCAAAUGUUAUUAUUGGAAUAUUAACUAAUUUUACAGAACUUACGGAUUUCAACAAUAGUCUACGUAUAUUUAAUCUUGAUUCUGGUCUAUAUGAAGUAUGUAUUGAAUUUCAAAUGAAUUUUACAAGUUUGAUUUAUCAACCACGUGAUGGUUGUGUACCUAUGCGUAUUGGUAAAUCACCAUUUGAUUCAUUAAAUCCAAAGCCAGCGCCAUUACUUGUUGCAUUAGCUUGUGGUAUAGUAGUUUUUUUUAUUCUUGGUCUGGUUGUUCAAUGGGCAAAAGAAAAUCGUCGAAGAAACCUUCAAAAUAAUCAUAAAUCACGAUCACGUUCAUCAAGUUUUCUUUCAACAUCAUCUGUGAAACAACAACGUGAUCGUCUCAUAAGAAAUUUAUUUCGUCGUCAUAUUGAUAAACCUGAAGCAUCAUAUAUGCGUCAAUGGGCACGUGAUCUUACAUCUCGACAUCGUAUUCCAACAGAAAAACAACAUGUUAAAAGAAAAAAAACAUUUCGACCAUGGAAUAAACAUUUGUUUUCAACAACAGAUCAUGUAUUACAAGAACAACUUGAAACAAAAACAAUUUCGCAUGAUAGAAUUCUAUCAUCAGAACCAAUUAUAUCUAGAAAUAACAUUUAUACAAUCUCAGAAAAAGUACAUCAUCAAACAUUACCAAGAAAAGUUUCCUUUGAAUUAUCAAUAUCAGAAAAACAUGAAAUAGUAUAA